AAUCCCUUGUCGGAUGGUUUAUUGUAUAAUUAGUAAUUAAACCACAAGUUCAUUUAUGGGUUUGCAAAUGAUCUUAUUAAUGUGCCUUGAAUAUCUCUUACAGUUUGUGAGUUUAAAGAGAGCACUGUUCCCUCUGCAUGUGCUCUCUGCUCUUCCUGUAAUUUUCCCUCACAUAUUCUCUCUCACCUUCCCUCUCGUCGUACAGCUCUUGUCCAUAUAUAUAUCCUCUCUCUUUCACUCUCUCAAAAGUCUAGUUUCAUACAUACAAAAAGAAAAGUUACAAACAAGCUGUUGAUUUUCUUUCAUGUCUCCAGAACAAAGACCAAACAUGCCUGAACCACCUCCUUCCCCUUCUUCCUCUUCUAUCUUUGCACUUUCUUACUUGAAACUUCAAUUCUUCGCUCGUGUCAGGCGGUUCUUGCAAACUAAAAGGGCACAAAAGAGCAUUAAAACAAGAACCAAAGCUAUGGUCAACAAAGAAGAACAAGCAACAAUUACUACUACUGUGGAUAGACAAAGUAGUGAUAUUGAUGAUGAUUCUGUGGUGUUACAAAGAUCAGUAAAGAGACUUCACUUUGGAAGCUGGGAAGAGAAGGAGAUGGCAGCUCUUGAGAUUGAAAAAUUAGCUAGGGAAGAUGCUAAGAUGAGAAAUUUGAUGGCUGAGCUUGGUGUUAUUCCUGCCUUGGUGGGGAUGGUGGCUUCAGAAGUAGCUGGCCGCCAGAGAGUGGCUGUUAAUGCUUUGAUUGAGCUUGCUAAUGGAACUUACAAGAACAAGGCUCUCAUGGUAGAAGCAGGUAUCUUUUCGAAACUACCAAAGAGCAUGGAUGUUUUAGAAGAACCAACAAGACAAGACUUUGCAGAAUUAAUCCAGUCAUUAUCUUCGUUGGCGAAUCAUACCCAAUUCCCUCUUGCUUCAUCAGAAGUUUUGCCAUUUCUAAUUGGAAUUCUUGAGUCUUGCUCAAGUUACGAAACCAAGGAGUCAUGUUUGGGUACUCUAUACAACCUGUCUGCUGUGUUGGACAAUGCAGGGCCUUUGCUCUCUAAUGGGGCAGUUCAAACUCUCUUGAGGGUAGUAUCAGAAAAAGAAUUCUCAGAGAAAGCUCUAGCGACACUAGGACAUUUAGUGGUGACCUUAAUGGGGAAGAAAGCAAUGGAAAAUAGUUCACUUGUGCCAGAGAGCUUGAUAGAGAUAAUGACAUGGGAGGAUAAGCCAAAAUGUCAAGAAUUAUCGGCUUAUAUUUUGAUGAUUCUAGCUCAUCAAAGCUCAGCUCUGCGUGAUAAAAUGCUUAAAGCUGGCAUUGUCCCUGUACUCCUUGAAGUGGCAUUAUUGGGGAGUCCUCUAGCUCAGAAGAGAGCACUAAAACUACUGCAAUGGUUCAAAGAUGAGAGGCAAACAAGGAUGGGGCCACAUUCUGGGCCUCAAACAGCAAGGAUAGCAAUAGGGUCACCAGUAAAUAACAGGGAAGCUCAAGAGGGAAAGAAACUGAUGAAGGAUUUGGUGAAGCAAAGUUUACACAAGAACAUGGAGUUGAUAACCCGGCGAGCCAAUGCUACUUCAGGGGACUCUUCUAAGUUCAAGUCCUUGGUUAUCAGUACAAGUUCUAAAAGCUUGCCUUGCUAAAGAUUUUACAGGCCCUUUAGCAAUCUUUGGGCAUCUUUCGUGCCGGGAGCAGCAGAGAAAUUCCUCGAUGCCUGCUCAUCAAGUUAGGAAUCCAAUUCUUUAGCCUAGGCCAUGUGAUGUUUGCUGAUUAAAAAUAGAGAUGCUCUUGUGUGCAGUAUAAUAGCUUAUCUUAAUUGUACAUGGUGACCUUAAAAAGAAAAGAAAAUAGAAAUUGAAGUCUCCAGAUGGGGUCUCACUCCCAUUUUUUCCCACAAGAUCAA